CAUUGGGUGAGCUUAGAGCGUGAACCAAUAUUUGACUUGGUCUGAGAUGGCAUAAAGAUACCACUUCAUUCUACUACAAAUACCUCGGCCGCUGGCAUUGCCAUUGCAACAAGAAAAGCCCCCUCCUCAUAGCUUUAAAACAUCCUGUCAAAUGGCGGCAUCAUCUCAAAAACAACCCUCAAUGCUCUUCCUAGUUUAUGUCCUUCUCGUGCUUAUUAUGCAAGAAAUGUCUCGUCCUGCUUCAUCCAAAAGCUCUCCUCUAGUGGCCUUCGCUCUUUCAGGUAGCCAAACAAGAGAUGAGGAAGUGGCGGCGCUCCUAAAAUGGAACUCUAAGCUCAACAGCGAGAGUCGCUCUAUCUUGUCUUCCUGGAAUGGAAGCGACCCUUGCUCUUGGCGUGGACUCAGUUGCAAUCCUCUUGGGAGCGUCAUCAGUUUGAACCUCUCGAGCUCCGCCAUCGGUGGUACGCUUCACGAUCUCGAUUUCUCCUCAUUGCCCAACUUGGUCACCCUUAAACUUGCCAAUAACUCGCUCUUCGGGAACAUCCCCUCGAGCCUUGGCAAUCUUUCCAAGCUUGCUUACCUAGACUUGUCUCAAAACCACCUUUCUGGACACGUUCCAACCCAACUCGGAUCGAUGCGGUCUCUAGAAGUUCUGGAAUUGUCGUUGAACAACAUCACUGGUCCAGUCCCCAGCUCCAUAGGAAGUAUGAGUAACUUGACUGGCUUAUUCCUACAGAACAAUAAGAUCUCCGGGGUCAUCCCUCGAGAAGUAGGUAUGCUUAAAUCUCUCAAUUAUCUGCUUCUACAUAACAACAGCAUCACCGGUCGAAUUCCUUCUUCCAUUGGAAACAUGAGCAGUUUGAUGAAGUUAUGGCUUUUGAAUAAUGAUAUCACCGGGCCCAUUCCAAUAGAAAUAGGAAUGUUGGGGUCUCUUAGUGAGCUCGAUUUAUCAGGCAAUUACCUCGAUGGAUCUAUCCCUACAACUCUAGGAAAUUUGAGUAAGUUAGGCUAUCUUUACUUCUAUAGAAACCAACUCUCUGGCCACAUACCUGAAGAAGUUGGAGGAAUGAGAUCCCUCACAUAUUUUUCGCUGUCAAACAAUGAUCUAACAGGUUCAAUCCCAUCGUCGAUAGGGAACUUAAGCAGCUUAGACAUUCUUUAUCUUUAUGACAAUAAGCUUUCCGGUCCUAUUCCUCUGGAAAUUGGAAACCUUAGGUCUCUCUCUCAACUCGCUCUCAGUAGUAAUAAUUUCACGCGAUCUAUCCCGGAAACGAUAGGGAAGUUGGGCAACUUGACCAGCUUGUUCUUCGAAGAAAACAAUAUCUCAGGCCCUAUACCUUCUAGUAUUGGAAACUUAAGCAAGCUCAAUGGAUUGUUCUUGUACCAAAAUAAGUUGUCCGGCUCGAUUCCGAAAGAGAUGGGAAGACUAGGAGCCCUUGGUGAGCUGUCUCUAUUUCAGAAUAGCCUAGAAGGCUCUCUUCCAAUUGAGAUCAACAAUCUCACAUCCCUGACAAGCCUACAACUAUUCAAUAACCAGUUCGUUGGCCAAUUGCCACCGGAUAUAUGCAACGGUCAAGUUCUUGAAAAUUUCAGUGCUCACGACAAUCACUUCACAGGACCGCUACCAAGAAGCCUGAAAAAUUGUACAAGUUUGCAUAGAGUUAGGCUCCAAAAUAACCUGCUAAAGGACAACAUUACUGAUGUUCUCGGCACAUACCCCUACUUGGAUUACCUUGAGUUGAGCAAUAAUGAACUUUAUGGAGAGCUUCCACCGAGAUUGGGUGAUUGGAGCAAUUUGACAAGUCUGAAAAUCUCCAACAAUAAAUUAUCGGGCAUGAUACCGCCUGAUCUGGGAAAGAUGACUCGAUUGCAUGUACUGCAUGUAUCUUCGAAUAAUCUUGUCGGGGUAAUUCCAAAAGAAGUUGGAAAAUUGCAGUCUCUGAUAGAGCUUUGGCUGGAUGGCAACCAUCUCGCCGGCUAUAUUCCUCGCGAAAUUGGAGCAUUGUCUGACCUAUAUCAAAUCAACGUUGCAGGAAACAAGCUAAGUGGCUCAAUUCCCAGAGAACUUGGGGAGUGUUUGAACCUUCAGUAUAUAAAUUUAAGCAGAAAUAAUCUUGAGCAGAGCAUUCCGAUUGAGAUCGGCAAGCUGCAAUUUCUUCAAAGUCUAGAUCUAAGUCGAAAUUUGCUUACUGGAGAUAUACCUCUCCAAGUUGGAACAUUGCACAGUUUGGAAACACUCAAUCUCUCACACAAUCAACUGUCGGGUUCAAUUUCACCGACUUUGGACGCUAUGACAGGCCUGACAUCUGUUGAUGUAUCCUAUAAUGAGUUAGAGGGUCCUUUACCAAACAUUCCAGCCUUUCAUAAUGCUACAAUUGCUGCUGUAAGAGAGAACAAAGGCUUGUGCGGAAAUAUUACGGGUCUCACGCAUUGUCCAGGGACGGCGACAAAAGGGAAUGGCAGAGACAAAAUUUUGCUGCUCAUUUUACUCCCUACUUCCGGUUGCCUGCUUGCUUUGUUUCUUUUGGUGGGAGUUUCAUGCAUUAUAUACCGAAGAACAAGGCAAGAAGAGACUGACUUGAUAGAAGCGAGCAGUGAAAGUAUGCUGGAAAUAUGGAGCUAUGAUGGAAGAACGGUGUACAAGAACAUUAUUGAAGCCACCGAGGAAUUCGAUGCCAAAAAUUGCAUCGGCAUGGGAGGACAAGGGAGUGUUUAUAAGGCCAAGUUGCAAACGGGUGAGAUUGUUGCUGUUAAAAAACUGAACGGAGGACCAGAUGUUGAAAUGGCUUGUCAAAAAGCAUUCGAAAGGGAGAUUCAUGCUUUGAUGGAAACCCGACACCGAAAUAUCGUCAAGCUGUAUGGCUUUUGUUCGAACUCUCGCCAUUCGUUUUUGGUUUAUGAGUUUCUUGAAUCGGGCAGCUUGGAGGAUAUUUUGAAGAGCGAACAAAGGAUAAGAAUGCUCGACUGGAAUAAGAGAGUGAAUGUUGUUAAAGGUGUGGCUAAUGCUUUGUUCUACAUGCACCAUGAAUGCUAUCCUCCUAUAAUUCAUCGAGACAUAUCGAGCAAGAACAUUUUACUAGAUGAAGAAUAUGAAGCUCACGUCUCGGACUUUGGCACUGCUAAGGUUCUAAAACCUGAUUCAUCCAACUGGACUUCAUUUGCAGGCACAUUUGGAUAUGCAGCUCCAGAACUCGCCUACACAAGGGAAGUGAACGAGAAAUGCGAUGUCUAUAGUUUUGGAGUCGUAGCAAUGGAAGUGAUAAUGGGAAGACAUCCACGCGAUCUCAUAUCAUCUCUCUUGUCCACAUCUCUACCAUCAUCAAGUGAUUCGACGAUCCCACAUUGCUCACUGAAAGAAGUUUUGGAUCAUAGAAUUCCAUACCCUGAGGGCGAUUUGCUAGGGGAAGUGGCUGUCAUGACAAAGAUUGCAUUGUCAUGCUUGAGUCCCAAACCGGAGCAUCGUAUGAGCAUGCGACAAGUUUCUCAAGAGCUAUCAGCACAUCGUUCAUUCAUGUUGAAUUCGUUAGAGAACAUAAAAUUGGAAUACUGAGCUAAUAUUAGAGGCUUCACUUGUUGAGCA